UUUGAUAAUUAACCCUAAAAUUCACUCCGGAGGAGGAAAUAAAGCUUGUCCCCAUCGUAAAAUCGCAGUUUCGUGCGAAUUACAGAGAAGAAACAGUAGGACAGGAACAGCCGUCUAAUUUGUACGCACUCACCGAUUCUGCUUCUGUGUUCGACGAUUUGAUCGUUCAAACCAGCCCUAAUAAUCUCUUCUUCUUGUUCUUCGAUUCUUAUCUUAGUUUUGGAUUUCUCUCAUUGGCGGUAUUUGUUUGAGCUUCAGUUGUGUGCUGAAUUCAUCCAUGAGAAGCUAUAGGAUUAACGACGAAUUUUGGAUCAACGGCGGGGCUGCUUAGAUGCACGUCUCUGGAGUAACGUUGGAUCUCAAUUGGUUCCUGCAAUUGAUAUUGACUGUGUUUUUUAUUAUCUUUGGAUUGCUGUACUUGGUGAAGAAUACGGCCUCUAAAUACUUUGAGGUCGACGCGAAUUUCGAGGCUUCCGGCGGCGGAGGAACGGCGGGAAAAGGAGACUGUAACUCAAUGUCCGGCGGCGCUGCUUCCAUGGCCGAUGCCGUGUGCGUCGUCUGUGGCAACAAGGGCUCGAAGAAGUGCUCGCGAUGUAAAGCCGUUCGAUACUGUUCACCAACAUGUCAACAAGUUCAUUGGAAAUCUGGCCACAAGACAGAGUGCAAGAAUUUGCAAGAAUGUAGGAAUACAAAUGAUUGUGAAUCUGCAAAUAACCACAGGGAUUCCAAAGCUUCUACGAUAGCGAGCAAAAAUUUAUCGGCCAUUGCGCUAAUACCUUCUCAUAGGGCCUCGAAACCUAUCAAGCAACCGAAAGAUAUUCUUUUUCCCUAUGAUGGAUUUGUGAACCUCUUCUACUGGGAUAAGUAUGAGCUUCAUCCUUGUGGACUCUUAAAUUGUGGCAACAGUUGCUUUGCCAAUGUGGUUCUACAGUGUCUAUCCUUCACAAGACCACUUUUUGCCUUCCUUAUGGAGAAAGGGCACAGAAAUGAAUGUGUACGUGAUGAUUGGUGUUUCUUUUGUGAAUUUCAAACACAUGUUGAAAGAGCUUGUCGGAGUUCUCAACCCUUUUCACCCAAUAAUAUUAUCCAUCGGUUGCCUAAUCUCGGUGGAAAUCUUGGUUAUGGAAGGCAGGAAGAUGCCCAUGAGUUCAUGAGAUUUGCUAUUGAUAGAAUGCAACUUGCGUGCCUCGAUGAGUUUGGUGGAGAGAAAGCUGUUCGUGCUCAUUCCAGAGAGACGACCAUUAUACAACACAUUUUUGGUGGCCAACUUCAGUCCCAGGUGGUAUGUACAAACUGCAACAUUGUCUCCAACCAGCAUGAAAGUAUGAUGGAUUUGACUGUUGAAAUUCAUGGGGAUGCUGCAUCAUUGGAGGAGUGCCUUGAUCAAUUCACUAAAGUUGAGUGGCUGCAUGGGGAUAAUAUGUACAAAUGUGAUGGGUGCAAUGGCUAUGUGAAGGCGUCAAAACGUCUCAUGAUUAAACAGGCUCCUAAUAUUCUUACAAUUGCCUUAAAAAGAUUUCAGAGUGGGAGGUUUGGGAAACUCAACAAGAAAGUAACAUUUCCAGAGACUUUAGACCUUAGUCCAUAUAUGAGUGAAGCGGGAGAUCGUGCAGAUGUGUACAGGCUUUAUGCAGUAAUUGUUCACGUCGAUAUGCUGAAUGCUUCGUUUUUCGGUCAUUAUAUCUGCUACGUUAAGGACUUUGUUGGAAAUUGGUACAGGAUCGAUGAUUGUAAGGUUUUUAAAGUUGAUUUAGACGAGGUGCUAUCUCAGGGAGCUUACAUGCUUUUGUACUCUAGAGUUCGCCCGCGAUCUUCAAGCCUUCAAACCGUUGAAUCUAUGGGGAACGGUCAGCUACAAAAAGAGAACGUAGAAACGGAUUUUUGCGUGAAUGGGCGAGUUGAAAGUGCUGAACUAGAAACUGCGAAUGGCGUUUGUUCGUCUGAUUCCGAGUCGACAAAUGGUUUGAUGCAUUCUGAUAAUUUUUCCAGGUCCCCUGACAUUCAGCCACAAACCAUGCGACUCUCUUAUGAAGAUAUGGGUGGAGAUACACUUGAGUUACCUACUUCGAAUGGGGUUACUCGUAGGUCAGCUUUCGGAGUAACCGCUCAAGCUGUAAGGGAUACGGUUAGUGACGUCGGAACAAGUCGAUCUGUUCCAACGGAUAUUUAGAGUUCUCCUUUAUUGUUGAAUAACAAACCUUUGAUCCUAGUCACUCAACUAUUCCUAUGGAGGUUUCUGGAUGUUUCUGUGACAACGUCGGAACUGCAAGAUUCGAUUCAGAAGAUACAGAUACGGUUACGAGUUCUUCUAGUACAAGACGUCAAUGUUCGUGUCAAGGCAAUACAUGGAGAUGAAACUGUUCUUCCUCUCUUGGACCAAACCAGUAAACAACUGGCUGCAAAUAAUCAAAAUAUAACCAUUCAUUCAACGAGACAUCUGCAGCUGAAACACACAAGAUAAAUCUGGGAUCGCUCUGUCUCGGCUAUAAGUUCGAAGAUGCAAGCGGAACGACCCGAGUUGAUGGGCAAUGUUAAGUCGUAGAGAUUGUCUCGCUGCCACCGCUCGCUCAUUCAUGUCUCCCAAUCACCCAGACAUCCUUAAAAUGAGGUUUGAGCUGGGAUUUUUUUUCUGAGGUUUCAGUAUUAGCAGAGAUCUCGGCGUCAAUUACACAAUGUGAAAGCCUGUAAACAUACCAAAGUAUGGAUUCCCAAAAUUCUUAUGCAAUAGGAUUAGUUCUUAAUAGAUUAUUUGGAUAACUUGUUUUAGAGUUCAAUAGAGAUUAGGUUCUUAGUUUUUUCUUACAGAAAUUUAAACUCAUUUCUAAUGAGAAUGACCUCUCUUUUCUCCCUU